UUCUUGUGCAGCGUCCACUCCUCUAUCUCAGAGACCACAACAGUGCUGAGUCCACUUCCAACCACUUAAUUCCUCUAAAACAAAGCUGUUGCGUUGCCAAACCAGAGAUGUUUCCGCGUUCUUUAUUGGGGAAGUUGAUCUUUUGGCCAUCGCGGAAGGAAAGACGCACUAGUCUGCAGCGCUCUACAAAAAACAGAUUGUAUUUUCUUUAUUUAAAAAAAAAGGUGUCAUGGUUCAGUUGUGAUUGCGCCAUAUUCAUGUUUGCGCACUUGUAGGUUGCGGCGAUUACUGCGCGCUCGUUCCUGGCAGCUCUUAAAAUGAGUGAUCGGAGUAGAAACGCUUUGAAAACAAUACUUCAGCUGGUCUCUCAACUUCUGUGGGUGCUGGGGUUGGUGGUGGGCCUCAGUGGAGUCUACCUGCUGAUGAACUACAGACAGAGGAGCUUAUUUUUUACUCACGCCUACAUUACCCUGCCCGCUAUCUUCGCUCUCGCCAGCGCUGUGUUCCUAGUGGUCACCGGUGGCCUCGGCUCUAAGCUGAGCCUCAGGGAUUCCACCUUUCAGCAGGGAUUGUUUGUUUAUCUGCUAGUUUUGGUCAUUUGUCUGGAGAGUACGGCUUCAGCGUUGGCCUAUUUUCACUCUACAGAGCUGCAUUCAGAGAUAGCUCCUCUCAGUAGAGUGUUUCAGGGAUACACAGGCAGCAGCCAGGACCCCAACUCUCGAGCUGUUGAUGCUACACAAGAAGAGUUACAGUGUUGUGGUGUCCAUGACUACAAGGAUUGGCUGAAAACCUCCUGGUUUAACCAUACCGGAGGACUCUUGGUUCCGUCCAGCUGCUGCAACUCUACUUUCCCUUCCUGCAAUGGCACUGUGGACCAACCAUGGCAGCUUUACACACAGGGCUGCCAGGUGAAGCUGGAGAUGGCCUUGCAGUUUGUGCUGAGCUUUAUCUUCUGGGGCGCCCCAGUGGUUUUUGGGGUGGAGGUUGUUCUGUUUCUGGUGGUGGCACAGCUGAUGAGGGACCAACCAUUAAUGCAAAAUCAAUAUCAAGUACUGGAUAAACACUAAAGACACUGUGGGAAAUGAGAGAGCUUCAAACAGAUAUAAUAAUACUACAUGUCAAUCACAUCGCGUAAAUGUGCAUAAAAUUUUAAUUGCGAUUGCUGUUAGAAUGGUUGUUGCUGUUGUUAAUACAGCUUUAUUCCACCACACUACACAACAUGUAACAUAAAAGUGGAGAAAAAUAUUAAUUAUUGGUAUUUAAGAUACCAAAAAGAUGACAAUAAUUAAUGGGAAGCUGGUUAUUGCUUUAAAUAUACUGUUGCAUGUCUGGGCAGUUCUUCAUGAUGUUUCACAUCUUCUGUUUGGUGAAUAUGAGUUGCCAUCAGGUUUAAGGUAGGCCUUACCUUCCAGCCCUGUUACAUUGUGAUACCCUGGAUGUUAUUUUUGUAUACAGAUCCCUUUUUACUGUGUCUAUGUGAAAUUUUUAAUUUUAUUUCUCUGAAUUCUCUGCUGAUAUUACACUUGUAUUGCAUAUGUCAUAAUCUUAUCUUAUAUUUACAUUUCCUGUCUCGUUCUGUAUAUUCACUCAUACAUUGUACCUAAAAUUAGAGUGUCUCUGCAAACAUUACAAUAUACCAAGUAUGUGUACUACAUACCACACUGUACCUGAACCUGCACUUCAAUACACUGAUUAAUCAGCAUCUUGUUUGAGCUCUAGUCUUUGUUUUUUUAUCAUAAUAGACACUUUAGCAAAAUAAUUAUAGUGCUUCCAAAAUGAUUAGUGAUCCUGUUGAUUAUCGCAAAAUUGAAUACUGAAAUAUUUGUUUUAUCCUUCCUGACCUUAUUAAAACCCAAUAUGUGGACAUGUAUUGAAAAUGUAAUUCCUCCCGCAGGUACAAACUGAGCUUUAUUAUGUUUGGUGGUCAACUUGUAAGCAAUUCCUAUAAAAGCUGGAAAAGCAAACAGCACAUCAGGGUAAACUCUAUGACUAAUACACUAUUUUUGUUGCAGCAAGCCUUUUUUCCCACUGUACGCCUACAACACUGUGUGUACAAGACCUAAACCAUGUUGCUGCAAGAAAAUAUGUCUGUUACAGCCAUGUUUUAUUCAAAUUAAUCAAAAGUUAAUAUCUCCAAGAAAAAAAAGGAAACAUUUUAAAACACUGAUUAAAUUAUAAUUCCUUACAAAUUGAAAAUGAUCUAUGGAGUUGCAUCAAAGUAAUAGCAUAUUGUUUUUACAUGGAGGGGUACAGUCGGUUUUUGAAGGAGCUCUAUGACAGCAAUAGUGCAUGUCGACCCGUGGAUUGUGUUGAUGUGUCGACCCGUGGAUUGUGUUGAUGUGUUGAUGUGUCGACUCGUGGAUUGUGUUGAUGUGUUGACCACGCUGUCUCUUCUGCAGAGGCGUGGCUGGACGCGAGUGGGCGUGGCGGGACUGGUCACGUAGCUCCAUCUUCUGUGUCUUUACUAACGUGAGGCCGACUUGGAGGGAAGGGAACGUCGCUAAGAAACAAAAGGGGCAAAAAAACAAAAACAAAA